CGGGUUGGAUGAAAUUGGUAUUGGGAUCCCGGAGCUUCCAAAGGGACCGUCGAAAAAUGCGUUCCGCAAUCGACAGUGUGCUGUGUGCCAUCGAACAUAGGGUUUAAGGUUUCAGAUCGGCGCCUCCGUCGCAGUCCCUUCAAUUCUUCCAAAAAUGGCGUCGUCCAAAGCCCUACUUCGCACCGGCGUUUCUUUCAUGUCCCGAUGCCUUAGCCGCAAUCUCCUCUCCAAUUCGAGUCAAGUCGUCUCUCAGAGCUCCGAAUUGGUCGCUCCGCCGAAGUUCUUGCCUUCUGUAUUCACACCUGAGCUCCACAAGAAGACGACGCCUUUAUACUUUCCGGUGCAUCAGAACGGCGUUGAUCCGCUGCAAAAGCUCUCCUCCGCCGGGUUCUUAUACCCUUCCGGCCUUCCUUCUCUUCCAUUCUUCCUUCCCGACGGCAAUGAGUCUUCAUCAAGUGAACCUAUGCUUUUGCUUCCAAAGCGGACCUACCAACCAAGCAACAUCAGGCGCAAAAGAAAUCAUGGAUUCUUUGCUCGAAAAUCGACUAAGGGAGGCAGAAGAGUCAUUGCCCGAAGAAUCGCCAAGGGUCGCUUUAGGAUCACAGCAUAAUGAAUAUUAGUUUCUACUUUUGCAUUUAAAUAAUUUUGAUCCACAUUUUAUGAAGGAAGGACUGACUAUGUUGCUUUAAGGUUCAGUAAAACAUUUGUGCUUGACACAGACUUGUUUACAUGAUUUUGAUUUAUAAUCUAUGUGUGUAGCUUAAUGACUUA